GUAAUCAUACUUUUGGGGCUGCUUUUGAAACAAUAAAGGCUGACUUUGAUCUCUUUUAAAUAAAUUUGGUUCAGACUGUGUAGUCUGUGUAGUAAAUAAGGGUGCGCACUAUGUUUUUAAGGUACAAGCUGCAUUGGACCGGGCAGCUUUAGAUUGUAACUCACAAGUUGGGACUGUGUUCCAGGGUCGCAAAAUAUCAAGAAGCAAAUCCAGGUGUUUUCACAAUUGUGACAUUUCCCUUCCUAUUUGCCGUCAUGUUCGGAGACUGGGGACACGGGAUAUGUCUGCUUCUUGCAUCAAUGUAUUUUCGCUUCUGUGAGAAGAAACUUUCUAGCCAGCCUUAUGCUUAUAGCUACACCCAUGGUGAUCAAUCCCCGGAAGUUACCAUUUGGACAGGGAAAGACCGUUACAUCUGGAUCGACUUAGGGGCUGGCCUAGUGGAGUAUGGUCCAGCACUCUAUGGCGAUGGUCUUAUGCCUAGGGGCGAGUUUCAAUUCAUCCACUGGCGUCUAUCCACGGCCGACCAAAGUCUCAAAAGUCUAUGCUUUCUGACAUGGCUUCACUGGUUUGGAGUUCUUACCAGGUACUUGCUGUUCCUUCUUUGAGGAUUCCUGUCCCUUUUGAGGAUUCCUUGAUUGUUCAGUUCAUACAAAUAAAGGGUUCACUCAAAAACAAAGAUUGUUAGUAAUU